UAUGACAGGCUAACGACCGCGCACGUAGUGUUUCGGUAUCUCAUAUGGCGAAUAUUAGGAGGUACCGGAACGACGUCAAUAACAGCGAUCAUGAUCUUACAGAAUAAUCGAUAAGUUUGUUUCCGCGAAUCUCAACUUUAGUUAGAAAAAAUGACAGAUUCGCACUGUAUCAGUGCAUCAACAACACUCAAUCCGCCACGAGAUCGUGUCACAUUUAUCGUAUUUCUCAAUGAAUAUCGAUUUUUUUCUCUUUGUACUGGGUGUUUUUAAAUACCUGAAGCAAGGAUGAAUUCUGUCAGACAAUUUGCGGUGUAACAGAAUUCAGCUAUGGCUGAAGGUGGAACCGAGCCAAAGUCUAUUGACGGUCAGAUCUCGAGGAGUCAGUUAGAUAUAAACGAAUGCCUUGGUAACUGGUUGAUGUACUUACAGAUGCUUAAUGGCCUAUGUACAGCUGGUACUAAAUUGGCCCAAUCUCUACAAGCACUUCUGUCUGUACACGACACAGUGGCUCAGUGUCGGUUGACAGGUCAAUGCUUGGCUGGAUGGGAAGAGUUGACAAGAGCUACUCACAUAGCUAGCAAUACUGUUAAAAAUCAUGUGAUCACUGCUCUGAGAGAUCAUGAAUCACGUGACAAUGAGGGGGACAAGCAUGAUAUUCUCAGAGAGAAUCUCUUGACAUUUAUAAACUUACAAUAUCAGUUCUGCGUUGCUUGUUGUGAGUGUCUAGGUGGCAUGGCAGAAUGUUCAUGCUCUCAGAGCGGAAGCGGCGAGUGCGACAUCGCCGCGCUUCAACAAUGCUUUGAGCGUCUUUACAGUUCACCUGUACUGCCAGUGUCCACUUUGUCCACGCAACAGUCCAUGCAGAAUUGUCGGAGAUCCCCAUUGCCGUAUUCGUUGUUUCCUCUGCAGGUUCAGAGACGAUGGUCAGAAACGGCAGCGGCGGAAAUGUCGGGCGAGUCCGCCGAGAGCACGAUGAGACGUUGGUCGAUGCCCUGGGAUUGCAAACACGUGAUAGAGUGGCCGCGUCAGGACGCCAGGUCGAGAUUGAGAGUGCCCCAGCAGGAUCGCAGCAGAUCGACCACGCCAGAUUCAGUGUGGAAAACAUCCACAAUGGCUAGUCAGGAUGGUCUCCAAGAGGCUAUUCAGUUGUUGUCUUGCAAGCCAGGAGUUCGGCCAUCGAAUCAACUCUCGGCGUAUACUAGUCAGCAUAUUCCGGGCGUCACUUUGACGACCUGCAAUUUCGACUCGAAUUAUGACUCCGCCAUUUGGACGGGGUCGCGUAGAAUAGGCUCACCUAGAUGCUGGCCGCAGGACUCUAGCGAUCAUUCCGAUCAUUCUGGGCAUCGCGAUAGCGAUCAUAGUGUUCACAGCGGUGAGCAUAGAGAUUCUGAACAAAGUGGCGCAAGCGGCAGUCACGGCGAUAGCAAAGAUAGCAUUCAUUCUCAUUGCGAUCACAGAGAAACCGAAACCGGUACAGUGGACACGUUGCCAUCUCGCAAGAGUAGUUCAUCGACCGAUUCCUGCAUUUCGGCGCACAGCCGAUCGGGUUCGGAAAGUGCAGGUGGCGGGGAGUGCGCGAGGUCGCAAUUAUACUCGAUGUGGAGCGGCGGCGAUCUGUCUUUCAUCAAGUUGCCAGAGAGCAACGAGAUACAAGAUGAACAUCCACCCACUUAAAUAUCUGCCACUUCUACGUCUAAAAUUUUUAUUCGAAACGAAGUUUGAUUACCUUUGGAUUACGGCCAUAAAAUUCUUUCUUUGAGAUUAUCCGAGAUAUUUACAUUGUACUCUUUAUACAAUAACACGCAGAAAAAAAACACGCGUCUGUAAAAAUAUUGUUAUUCUAUACACCUCGGAAAGUUACUGAAAAAACAUCAAGCAGUUUUCGAAUGCAAAUGAUUCAGUGAAUCCAAAGGUGAAUCGUUGCCACGAUAAAAGUUGUUGACUCGUGAGUUUUACUAUAAAUGAUUCGACCAAUGUUAUUCGUGAUGUAUACAUGUUUGAUAUUUGUGAGCGCGUUUUAUGACCGCGCGAGUUAGUAACAUAUGCAUAUUGAGUGUGCAAUUAAUGAUAGAAAAAAAAAAUAUAUAAAGACCGUUAUACAGGGUACUCAUUUCGUAAUAUUUAUAUCAAUAACACACACAUACAAAUCUCGUGAGAUUCUAUGUAAUAUAUAUACUAUAUAUAUAUAGAUAUAUAUAGAUAUAUAUAUAUAUACGUAUAUCUAUACGCGUUGUUCGUACAAGGACUGCGCAUAGCGAGCGCGCGUGCUGCAUUUAGGGUAAAAUUUCUCUAUUUAUUUGAUAAAUAUUACGAAGUGAAGCUCCGCUUGUGUUUAAAAAUGAACUCUCUGUACGUUGUUACGAUAUUUAUAUGUACAAAUAUGUAUGCAUGAUCCAUUUGAACAGCAUCGUUCUCAUUUGUAAGAAUUAUACGCAACUCGUCGAAUCUCUUGAAGAGGUUAUUUUUUCAAAAAGCGCGUGCACAUAUAAUCGUUAUUCUUAUUGGUUUUUGUAUCCGAUUUUCAGCGCUCCGAGAGUGUUACUUUGAAUACACCUCGUUAAAUUAUUCAAUAAAUCCUAAAGCAUAUCACAUUCCACUCGAAACAAUUGCGAAUUUUACAUUGCCCUUAAAACUAAAGUAUUACAAAUGCGCGUACACACUGAUAUAUACUAUCCAUUAAUUAUAGACAUACAAUACCGUUCAUAAAUUUCCGAACAACAUCUACAUAUCCCACGUUGUAUACAUAGAGUUUACUACAUAAAUAAACGUCAAGUUAAAACACACAAACACACGUGUCAAUCUACUUUAAAAUAAAAUUGUUACAUUUUUUUAAAUGCGUACUUGUUAUAAAAUAUAAUGGCCGCGUUCAGCAGAAUUGAGCGCUUUGUGAUUAUUGCGUUUUACUUUCACAUUUGAAAAUACUGAAAACAACAGACCGCAGACAAUAAGCACUGAAUUUGCUUGACAAAAAAGCGCUGAAUUUUGCUGAACACGGCUAAUUUUUCGAAUAUUUAUUAGUGUCUUAUGAGUGACACGAUUGAAAUGUGCUUCGGAAUUACUGUGCUGUACAUCGUUUUACAAUGUCCGGAAAUUUAUCAACAAUAUUGUAAAAUUGCGUGAGUUUCUUUUAUAUGAAAUAAUAUGAACUUCGAGAAAAACUUCUUAUACAUCAAAAAUAAUUUCAGCGUCGUAAUCGAGAGCGAUUUAAUGUAUGUACAACUUUAACUUAUGGCACAGACGCGAUAAUAAAACUUCUCAUUAAUAUUCCAUAACUUAACGAUAGAGCACAUACUAAUAAAAAAAAAAAAAAAAUUAAAAAAAAAACGAAACGACUAUACGA